UCUCUUUCUUUUUCUCUCUCCCUUAAUAUUCUUCUCUCUCUGUUCAUCUAUCUCUUCUCCUCUUCUCUUCCUAGGCUCUCUCAUCUAUUCUUUCUCGCUCUCUGACUCCUUCUCAUAAUUUUCCUCUAUUAACACUCGUACAUUUCUAUAUCAUUUCCUUUAUUUCUCUGAUUUCCUUUUCUUUCUGUUAACCCCUUCUCUUUCGAACCAAUCCUUUUCUCCACUUCCUCCUAUCUCCAUGCCAUUCUACGAGGCCCCCAUUAUCUCUCUUUCAUUCUCUCUCGCUUUUUCAUUGUAUUAUCUCUUCUCUUUCUGGCACUAUCGAUACUGAAAUCCGAUCGAUACCUUCCUUUUUUUACUUACAAAUAAAGUAACCACACACCAGGAUAUAUGAUUUAUGGAAUAAAGUACUCGUUUCGGUGCAGCGCGAGAGACCAUGAUCAAACACAAUCGCUUUAUGACGAACUUCACCGAUAUUCCAUAACACACGAUCAAUAAACACAAUCAAUACAAGCUCCGAAGCCAAACGGGGAUAUAUAUACAGCCGAAACUGUCCGACGUCCUUUCAAUACAACUAAAAAUGGCGUCAUGAAUGAAUUACCAACAAGCAAAAUGGCGUCGCACUGAGAAGACCUGUUCGAGAUUCAUCAACCAUUCACUCAAAAAGAUUGCUUUGGUAUUUCAUCUACAACUCCGAUUCGAUAAACACAUAAGGUAUCUAGACCAGAAAGGAAAAUGGAUAAGUCGGGUGUAAUUUUAAGCAUCGUCUUUCUUCUGUCCGUCUCCGUGUCACUCGUUAAAAGUGACGUGUUCGGCUUGGGGACGUUGAUUGAAUGGGAAAAUGAAAAUAUGCAUUCUAUUUUUGAAGUCUUCAAUCAAUACAAUGGAUAUGGUUGCUUCUGUGGACUCGGUGGUUCCGGUUUCCCGGUCGACAAGGUUGAUUGCUGUUGUCAAGUACACGAUAAAUGUUAUGAUGACUUACAUGCAUCCAAAGAUGGGGAAAGAGCAGCUUGUAAAAAAGACGAAUCAGGGGUCAGCAAGGCAUACAAGUACACCAGGACUAGUGCCGAUGGAAAGCAUACUAUACAGUGUGGUUCCAGUUCGGAUAAGUGUUCAGAGGGGGUAUGUAAAUGCGACAAGGCACUAGCAGAAUGCUUUGCAAAGACUGACAGCUAUUACGACAAGGAUAAUAAGAAAUAUAACAGAAGAACAUGUGAUGUCAAGCCGAGCCCGAUGACAGUCUGCCCGUAAGGACCAAAGGCCGGGACCAAGGCUAAGACCAAGGACUAGACGUCCGAGGCCGGGGUCAUACAAUCGUCCUUGAGUCCGGUCUCGAGACCGAGGCCGGCCCUGAAUACAACGCGAUAAACGAUUUUUUUUUUCAUUAGCGUAGUUAGAUUUCAAUUUGUUACCUUUUUAUUUCUGAAAUAUUUCCUGGCUUCGUCCGAUUACUUAAACACCAAGGCAAAUUGUUUCAAACCUCUGAGGCGAAAGCAGAAAACAUUGGAAAUGACGAAGAGACUAACAUAAAAACAAUAUAGUACAACUCAAAGUAACUGCUAUUGAGAUUUUAUUAGCAUGGAUAAAACAAAAUCAAACAGAUGAUAAAGCGGGAUCUUGUAUUUUGAGUUCAAAGAGAACAUGAAUUAUCUGCUAUCUCAUCGUUUUUAUUUUAUUUCAGUUAUGAUCUCUUAUAAUUUGCUGUAAAUUGAAUAAAUAUAUUUACCUCACAAGAGUAUAUGAAUACAAUAUGAUGACUUUAAAGAUGCUAUAUACAGUACUCUAUAUUUCAUUUAAAGAUAUGAAAUAUUUUUGUAUUAUACCUCUACUUACGCAAGAACUCAAAUCAGUAAAACUGAUGUUUGAAGUACUUACAUCUUCUUGAAACUGACACUGUGUGCUUUAUGCAUUAGUCACACAAAUGAAACCGACUCCAGACCGAUCAAAGCUAUUAAAUUGUUACCAACACAUACUGUCGAUCGGUUGAAGUAGAUUUCGUUGGUGUAACUGUAUAACAUUCAAUAAAUUACCAAUUCGUCUAUUGCCAACUCGUCCACUCAUCACGUGGUUUAUAUUCAUUUAGUCUUAUUGAAAUUCCUUUCAUCAACAUUUCGUAUAACAACCAUUAGGUCUAAUAACAAUUUGGUCCAAUAAUCACUUCGCCUAAUCACCAGUUCGUCUGUGACCAUUUCGUAUCAUAACUAUAUAGUUGGUCUGAAACCCAUUUUUAUUUUCAUUCAUCUCGCCCAAUUAACACUUAGUCCAAUUAGACCAAAUGUUAUUGGACGGACCAACUUAUUAUUAAACGAAAUGAUGAGUGGAUGAAUAACAGACCAUGUGGAUAGUGGACGAACUGAUGGUAGACCGAAUGAUCGUAGACGAGUUGGUAAUUGGACAAAAUGGCAUUAAACCAAUUGAAAAUAAGCCAAACAUUCGAGUUGUAGUUGUAUGCAGAGUGAAACUGAACCCUUUACUGCAAUAAAACAGUUCGUAGAGAUUAUUCUUAAUCAAGAGCUUGAUAUUAAAAUUAUUGAUAGUUACUGAUUAAAAACAAAAUCGCCAUUAUUUUUAUGAUUAUGCAAGGUUCAGUGUAAGGGUAUAGUUUGAUAUGGGAUGGGGACAAGAGGGUGGAAUUUGGUCAUUUCUUCUCAAUGAAAAAAAGGUCACAGCUCACCCUUUUCUAUCUUUAAUAUUGAAGUUUUAAAAACCUAGGGGUCGGUUCUUCUGCCCUUCAUUAUGGCGACACCCCAUAAUUAAUUAUGUAUUCAUACAUUGAACUGGUCUAAUCGAUUUUUUUAAAUUAUUAUAGCAAUUUCAAAUAGUAGUUCAAAUAGCUACUCAGCCUAUUACACUGAUCGGAUAUUCUCGGUUAUUUUAAGAUUAUGUUCAUGGAAAAAUUUGCACAGUUAUUCGUUAGAUGGAUAUACAUUUUAGUCGUGAAAUGUAUUAGUUUGUACGGAAUUCACUAUCAUACGAAAUAGGAACAUUUAUUGUCAUAUUAUUAUCAUCAUCUUUGUUUUUAAAUGAUAAUCAUUAUUAUUAUUAUUAUCAUGAUUUUGUUGUUAUUAUUAUUACUUUCAUUAUUGUUAUCAAUACUAUUAAAUGAUAUCAUUAUUUAUUUGUCACCAUCAUAUCACCGUUAUUACGAGCACUAUCAUAUAUGUAUAUUUUUAUGAUUGUUGAGAGCGUCAUUUAUAUCUUAUAUUUUAACCAUGGUUUUUCUGAGUGUAUAUAUUGUUUCAUGAUUUCAUUUCAAAUUAAACUUAUUUUUCUUUGUUUCAUCAAAAAGUAUAUGCAUUACAUGGAUUCCUAUUGUAUCUUUGUUUCUAAUUAUCGAUGUGACUUUCACACCAGUCAGGAGCGUUGCUUCCCAAGUUGCCCCCAGAACUUUGGAAAACUGAAGAAAAAAAUGUAUGUCAAAAUUUCUUGCCCGCUAUUGCUCCCAAAAUUUUCUUUACUCCUACUUGCCCCUCCCCCUAUUUUAAGCAUCCUGAUGCUGCCACUGUCCCUGAUCCACAGAAAUAUCAAUAAGCUAGUAUAGUCCUUCGUUCUUUCUAUAUGUGUCUUGUUUGUUGUCCUUCGGCCCAAUGCGUGACUGAUAAUGUGUUUUGAAUGUGAAUUCCAUCCUUUUCAUUAGAAAAAAGAAACAGUGGUAAAAAAGCACGGUACACCGAAUCAGUGGCGUACAGAUGGGGGGGGGGGGCCUGCCCCCAAUUUUUCACGACAAAGAAAAAAAAAAGGAAAGAGAAAAGGGUGAAAUGCGAUAUUAUUUUCUGAAAACUAUAUCAAAACCUAUCACAAAAUAUGAUAUCUGUGAUGAAAUUGUCAAAAAUUUUGCUCGCUCACAAAUUUUAAAUGAAUUUUACCCCAUACGCCACAUUCAUAUUAAUUUAUUUAUACGCCAUAUCUAGCCCCCCUCAAUUUUGUUUUAUCCUUUGGCUACUGCACAGAAUAACCGACUGUUUCCUGUUAAGAGGAUUAUAUAGUACAAAUAUUAGUUGUAAGCCUAUAUCAUAUAUAUGUCAGACGAGUGUAGGAAAAUAUGCAUUAAAGGGUUCAGAGGGGAAUAUGUCAGACGUGAAAUGCCAACCGAAAUAAACUUAAAAACGUCAAGGGUUAGAGUGAAUUCCACUUUGAGAUUAUAUCAACAUUAUCGGUGUCUUCGUUUCAUAUGAGUGUAUAGUAAACAAUUCGUAAUGGAUUGUUCUCUUCUGCCGACAUGUUUAUUAGUCAUGUCAGUAAUGUGAAAUAAAAGUGAUUUAUAUCUGUUUAAAUCCAGGGAAAUUUUACAAAAAGAUUUAUUGACUUUUCUCUUGAAGGGGAUUCAUUCUCAACACUCUUCUAAACAAAGAUGGUGCUACAGGUGGGGGCAGGGAUGACCACCCCCUAUGAUUUCAAUAUUGUUAAAGAAAGAGAAGGAAAGGAGACAGAGAAGGAAAAACCGCCACAUGUAGGCUUAUUUUUUUUCUUCCCAAUGUUUAACCACACCUUUAAGACUAUUUUGUACACCUUUAUUGUUUUGUUAUUUUGUUUGCUAAGGUUUUGUUAUUGUUAUUGCCCUUUUCUGUCACAAUAACUCUGAUCUGUCAUAAUAAGUUGUGAAUAUUGUGAUUUUACCUUGAAUAUGACUUUUUGUUUCAAUAAACCAUACAAAUAUAUUAUAUAUAUAUUUAAAAACUCCUA